AUGUCGGACGGAGGCGUGUUUUAUAAUGCUAGCCUCCGUCCGAAUCACUACAUGUCCCACAAGCACUUGCGGCGAAUGUUGCCGCCCCUUUGGCAGACGUCAGACAGAGGAUUGCUGCGAGUUGCCGACCUCCAUCUGACUACUGUCUUGUUUCAAAUGCGUGCGGUGAGCCACGCGGUCGCGCAG